GCGACAUUUUGAAUCUGCUGAAGUUGCAGCUGGUCUUCAGCUCUCUGUUACUGGGGCUCUUGGUUGUCGAACAAUACAUCAGGUAGAACCAAAGGCACAAAUGGUACUUGUUGCAAAUACGAGCACAUCAAACAAUACUUAUACCUGCCCUUCAGCAGACCGAGGCGUCCAAGCACACGAUUCUAGUGUCACUGAUACUUCUGAUAUUCUUAUGACCCCAAAGUUAUUGGUGAAUGGUAAUGAAUCCAAAACUGGAGCGCCGUGUGUUUACAAUGGGGCUUCAACUAUUGAUUUGAAGCCAAUCCAACAGGCAGUGGUCCUGUCACAAUGCCUUCUCAUAGAGAAGAGCUCUCGACAUGAUGAAAUGCAAAGAUGGGAUAUGGCUCCAUACAUAGAGGCAAUUGGUUCACAGAAGUCAUCGUACUUUAUUCUACAUUGUUUCUGUGAUCUCUUACGAGUUCGAUGGGAGUCAACUCGAAGUCGUACGAAGGGGCGUGCUUUAGAGAUGAUGGAUAAAUUGGUUGAGGGUGUUUAUAAGUCUACUCCUGGAGUGGCACAAAGAGUUCCCUUUUGUUAUGUGGCAUAUAUUCCUACUGCUCCUGCACUGCGAAAGGAAUAUGCUGAACUUUUAGUAAGCUGUGGUUUGAUUGGAGAGGCUAUUAAAAUUUUUGAGGAUUUAGAGUUAUGGGAUAAUCUGAUAUACUGCAACUGCCUAUUGGGAAAGAAAGCAGCAGCUGUUGAACUCAUUAAGGCACGGCUGUCUGAAAGGCCCAAUGACCCAAGAUUGUGGUGUUCAUUAGGUGAUGUUACAAAUAAUGAUGCCUGCUAUGAAAAAGCUCUGGAAGUUUCAAACAAUAAGUCAGCUCGAGCUCUGCGGUCUCUUGCUCGUAGUGCUUACAAUAGAGGGGACUAUGAGAAAUCUAAAAACCUUUGGGAGUCUGCUAUGGCGUUGAAUUCGUUGUAUCCAGAUGGUUGGUUUGCUCUUGGGGCUGCUGCAUUAAAGGCUCGGGAUAUUGAAAAGGCUUUGGAUGGGUUUACUAGGGCUGUUCAACUUGAUCCUGAUAAUGGCGAAGCUUGGAAUAAUAUUGCUUGCUUGCAUAUGCUUAAGAAGAAGAGCAAAGAAGCUUUCAUUGCAUUUAAGGAGGCCCUAAAGUUCAAACGGAACAGCUGGCAGUUAUGGGAGAACUACAGCCAUGUUGCUUGUGAUGUGGGCAAUUUUGGUCAGGCUCUAGAAGCUGUACAGAUGGUGCUGAAUAUGACCAGUAAUAAAAGAAUUGAUGCUGAAUUAUUUGAGAGAAUUAUGCUAUAUUUGGAGGAUAGAGCGUCAAUUAAACAUUUAAAGUCUCCUGCAGCUGCCGAUAAUAAUAAUUGCAACAAUCAAGCUUGUCCUUCAGAUUCAACUGUAAAAUUUGUCAAUGAAUCAUCAUUUGAAGAACCAACCCAGGGAAGAUCACGGGAAGCUGAACAUCUGAUGGAGUUCCUCGGGAAAAUUCUACAGCAGAUAGUUAAAAGUGAAAGCAGAGCAGAUGUGUGGGGCUUAUAUGCAAGGUGGCACAAAAUUAAAGGAGAUCUCACAAUGUGCUGUGAAGCUCUUCUAAAGCAAGUUAGAUCAUAUCAGGGAUCUGACUUGUGGAAAGACAGAGAUCGGUUUAAACAGUAUGCACAUGCGUCCUUGGAACUUUGUAAUUUGUAUAUGGAAAUAUCUUCUUCUACAGGGAGCUGUCGUCAACUCUUCACAGCUGAGAUGCACCUCAAGAACAUACUUAAACAGGCAGGGGAAUUUUCAGACAUGGAAGAAUUUAGGGACAUUCAAGCUUGUUUUAAUGAAGUACAGAUGAAACUGCAGUCUGAUUCGGUGCCUGCAUAGGUUUCCGGAUGUGCUAGUUCAAAAUUUUGGAGGCGAAGUUAAUGAUAGCGUGUCUCAUUUUCUUUUUCGACACUUAACAUACUUUUAUAACAGGAAAGCAUAUCCAGUCUAGG